AUGCGGCGACGACUGGUAGAGGUGCUGGCGCUGCUGACGGCAUCCGCCGCCGCGUUCGUGUGCGAGCCUGGCUUUGGCUAUGAGGCGUCGACCUGCGUCGAGUGCCGAGCGGGCAGCUGGAACGACGGGUCCCAGGAAGCGUGCCAGCGUCCGUCGCUGUGCACGUUCGGCCAAGGUCCCAAAGCCGGUGCUGUCAACGCGACCGACUGCAUGAACUGCCCCGCCGGCUACUACAGCGACAACGACGAUGAGACGCCGUGCAAGAUCAUCCAAUGCGCGCCCGGGUUCUUUAGCGACAAGGUCGCCGCGAUUGACGCCACAAGCUCGUGUGUCGCUUGUGCCCCGGGGUCCUUCUCGACGGGCGAAAACGACGUGUGCCAUGCGUGCGCCGUCGGCACGUACGCCGGCCCAGGCCAAGGCGCUUGCUUACCCACGCAGUGCCCGCCCAACGCGUCCCCCAAGACAAACGCCACGACCGCUACUGAUUGCGAUGCGUGUGCCCCGGGGUUCUUCAGCCCCGGCGGCGACCACAACUGUGAACCCAUGAUCUGUCCGUUGGGGUUUGAACCGAGCGCGACGCCGCGGGCCGUCGACGACUGCAAGCGCUGCGUCGGUGGUCAAUUUUCGACGGGAGGCAUCCAAAUGUGUGCCAACACGACGUGCCCCCGGGGCACGUAUGCUCCCGACGGUGCCAGCGACGCCACCCAAAGCUGCGAAACCUGCCGUCCCGGCUGGGUCUCACUUGGUGGCACCACAAGUCAAUGCACACAAUGCGGUAAUGGCACCUUUGCUCACAUCACCGACAAGGACGACCGCGGCGCGUCAGUGUGCUCGCCGGCGACGUGUGCCCCGGGACACUAUGCACCACCGGCGUCCACCAGCGCCGCGAACGACUGUGUGCCGUGCUUGUCAGGCACGUUCUCCGUCGGCGGCGACGCGACGUGCAAAACGGUCGCGUGCCCCGGCGGCACCCAACCCCACGCAGCGGCGGUCAACGCAACCGAUUGCAGCGUCUGUCCGCGCGGCUACUUCUCGGCCGGCGGCACGGCACCCUGCGCCGCCUCCACGUGCCCUCGCGGAACGGAAGCCGAAGUGGGUGCAACCAAAAACGACCAGUGUACUCCGUGUCCGUCGGCGCAACAUUCGACCGGCGGGAGUGGCCUGUGCAUGAGCCCGCAGUGCGACCCGGGGUACGAACCGAACUCCGAUGGCGAGACUUGCUCGAUCUGUGCCGCGGGGACGUUCUCAGUCGGCUACGGUGCAUCGUGCCGCCCGACGACGUGCCCUGCGUCCACCGAGAGCUUUCAGGGUGCGUCCGACGCGACAGCCGACUGUGUCGCGUGUGAUGCGGGGUAUGCAUCUCCCGGUGGCCAAGCGCGCUGCUCUCGGUGCCCGGCGGGGACCUUUGCGUCCGUGGGCUCGGCCGAGUGCGCCCCGACGACGUGCCCCGGCGGGUACGAGCCCAAGCCGCAGCCAAUGCAUACAAACGACUGCGUGCCGUGUCUCGACGGCUACUUCAGUGCAGGUGGCAACGCCACGUGUCAGCCUGCGACGUGCGCCCCGGGGUCCACGACCAAAGCCAAUGCCACCGCCACCGACGAUUGCGUGCAGUCGCGCCCCAGGGCAAUACGGUCUUGGGGCGCCACCAGUGCAAGGAAGCGGCGUGCGAAGCCGGGGCACGGAACACCCCAUGGCGCCACGGAUGUGGCAGCCGACUGUGUCCCCUGUGGCGCGGGGGCGUUCGGCGCUGGUCGCGGCGACGCAUGCGCGCCCACGGCGUGUGCCCCGGCGUCGAGCUCCAAUGCCACGACUGCCACCGAUGCGACGUCGACCUGCGCUCCGUGCCCGAUUGGCUCGUACUCGACUGGCGGCGCGAUGCAGUGUACGCCGAUGCAGUGCCCUGCCGGGAGCGCCGGCAAGCCCGGGGCUACGCACGCGACCAUCGACUGCGUCUCGUGCCCCGACGGACACGCGUCCAGUGGAAAUGCGUCCGCUUGUGUCGAGUGCAAGCGCGGGUUCUUCGCAGCGGCGGGGGACGCCACAUGCACACCAGCAUCCUGUGCCCCGGGGUCGCAGGCCAACAUCCUUGCGGCGCACGCAACCGACUGCACAGGGUGUCCACUGGGCACGUACGCGAAGGGCGGGUCGGACGUGUGUGCCCUGGUCCCGUGUGCCCCGGGUCUCUAUGCCCCCGAGCAAACCGACCGGUGCGAGGUGUGCAAGCCAGGCAGCUACUCCAAUGGCACAUCGGUGUGCAAGCCCGCGCUGUGCCCGCCCGGCCAAGCCUCCAAGAACGGAUCGACGUCCCCGACCGACUGCGACGACUGCCCGGUCGGGUACUUUGGCCUUGGACAGAAUCAACCGUGCCGCCCGACAACGUGCCCGGACGGGUAUGCGUCCGCCACGAAAGGCGCGCAUCUCGAGCGUGGCAUGUGCCAGCUCUGCCCCGUCGGGUGGUACAGCCCCGGUGGCGCCGCUCAGUGUGCGCCAGGGACGUGUCAACCCGGUUGGUUUCUCCCCGAAGGCUCGGGCACGUGCCAAAGCUGUCGCCAAGUGCCCGGCGGGGAUGGCCGCCCCGCCGCCGCGGACAGCGCCACGGCACGCUGCGCGAAGUGUCCCGCGGGGUUCUUUAGCCCCGGGGGCACCGUCGACUGCGCGCCAUGCACGUGCGCACCGGGGUUUGGUUCUGUAGAAGGUGCCAACGCGACGACCGCCAGCUGUGCCCAAUGCCAAGCAGGAUUCUACUCCCCCGGUGGCAGUGCUCCUUGCAAGGCCAUGACGUGUCCGCCAGGGUCGUCGUCGUCGGCUGUAGGGGCCUCGACAGAACGGGACACGUGCACAGUCUGCGCCGGAGGCUCGUUUAGCCACGGCAAUGCGACCCAGUGCCAGCCAACGCAGUGCCCACCCGGCUCGUUUGCACCGCCGGGCGCCGUCGACGCUGUGAGCAACUGCACGGUGUGUGCGGCGGGCCAGUUCUGUGAGGGCGGCAGCAAAGGCACAGGCGACACGAUGUGCCAGCCAGGGUUUGCGUCUCCUGCGAACGCGCACUCGCCGAAAGAUCAGUGCUCCGUGUGCUCCCAAGGCACCUUUAGCACGGGUGGAACGUCGCAGUGCGAGCCGACGACGUGUGCCCCGGGCACGGCAGCGCCUGCCGGCGCCACCGAUGCCAAGGACGAGUGCACCAAGUGCGCCGCCGGCAUGUUCUCCCCCGGCGGUGUGGCGGCGUGCGUUGGUCCCACGACGUGUGCCCCGGGGUCUGCGUCUCCGCCUGCCGCCGCCACGAGCAAUGAGUCGUGCGCGCUCUGCCCGGUUGGCUACUUUAGCCCUGGUGGCGAUGUGCAGUGCAAGAUCACGUCGUGCAUGCCUGGCUUUGGCUCGCCACGCGGCUCGUCGUCGGCGAAUGGCAACUGUACGCAGUGUACACCGGGGCAUUUCUCGCCGGGCGCAGGCUUUGACUGUGCCCCCAUGGCGUGCCCGCGCGGGUGGGCCUCCAACUUUACAGGUGCCUACCGCAGUAUUCACCGCUGCGAAACGUGCGCUGCGGGGUUCUUCUCGCCCGGCGGUGCGGCGCAGUGCAAGCCAACGACCUGUCCACCGGGGUACAGCUCCCCCGAGGGAGCUGACGUGCAUGACCGCCAGUGCUCGCCGUGUAGCCCGGGGCACUUUUCAAGAGGCGGCGCCGACCAGUGCAAGCCGGCGUCGUGCAAGGCUGGCAGCGCCGCUCCGCAAGGCGCGACGUCGCCCACCGACUGCCUCACGUGUGCGGCCGGCUUCUACUCGACGGGCGGCUCCACCAAGUGCAUUGCGUGCGGCUGUGGCACGGGCUCGACAUGCCACGCGUCCAACGCAUCGACGUGUGCGGCCUGUCCGGCGUCGACCACGACAGUAGGUCACAGCUACGGCGGCUGCGUCGCGAAAGAGCAGGCAACCGCCUACAUCAACGUCGUCUUGACGCUUGGUGGGUAUACCCCGGGGUACGUCAGCCCCGCGCUCCUCGACGCACUCCGCGAGGCACUUAAGGCGCUCUCGGGUGCCACAAGCGUUGAGGUGCGCAACGUUGAGGCAGCGCCACCUGCCGAUGUCGAUGCGUUUGCCCUCGGCGGCAGCAUCAUCAGCCUCCACGCCGUUGCCAACGCGAGCUCCCAAAGCGCCGUGCUCUCGUCGUUGCAGGCGGCGAAUGCGAGUCAGCUGCAGCGGCAACUGCAGUCCGACGGCUGGACACGCGUUGGCGGCCUUGCCUUGACCAACGUUGUCGCUGCGUCGCCGACGACGGCCCCGGACGCCAACCAAGCGGCCGCCACCAACGAGCCAUCGGUGGAGCACGUGACCAAGUCAAGCGCGCAUGCCAACGCGAUCAACCUCGUCGCAUGCAUUGCCACCACGAUCGUCAUAGUGCUAGGGCUAGAGCACUAG